AUGAAGGAUUCUAAAAAUAAAACAACUUCUCCAGUUAGUUUAAUAUUAAAGAAAUGUUUUACCUUUCCUAUGAAUAGAUCAAAACAAAACAGUGGACAUACAUUAGAUAUUUCGUAUAUUCUACCUAAUCUAAUUGUCUGUUCAUAUCCAGCUAAUCACUAUCCUAAAGUGUUUUACCGAAAUAGUUUACCUGAUCUAAUUGACUAUCUAAAUACUACACAUGGUUACCAAAGGUGGAAAAUAUACAAUAUUAAAGGUGAACACACUAAGACAGAUUAUAGUGAAGAAGAUGUUUAUGAGAUAUUAGACAACGAUUUAAAUGUAAAAGUGAAUUCAUUAGAUUUUCCAGGUAAAUUUAUUAGUAACAAAGAAGUUGGAAUUAUACAAAAAAAAGAAUGUGUCUUAAAAAAAGGUUGGCUUGAUCAUUGUCCUCCGACUUUCUUAAGAAUGCAAGAAAUUGUUGAUGAUAUCGAAGCUCAAUUGAAUAAAAGUGAAAAGAAUGUUGCAGUUGUGCAUUGUAGAAUGGGUAAAGGUCGUUCGGGUACAAUCGUAAUUGCAUACUUAAUGAAAAUACUUGUAUGCCCAUUAAGUGAAGCAAAAGAUAUCUUUCAAAAUGCACGUUUUAAGAUUGGAAUAUCAAAAGGUGUCACAAUUCGUUCUCAAUUAAGAUACUUAACAUAUCAUGAACUAUUUUUAAACUAUGAUAUGAGCAAAAGGAAAAUCCUUUUAGAAAUCCUAAAGAAUAAAGAAAAUUUAUUUCAUUUUCAAUUAAGCUCUAUAGAAUUAAUUAACCCUAACAGUAUUAUUAUACCACCAAAAAGCAUCAAUUUGGUAACGAUUAAAGUUCAAACAUAUAAUAUGGAUAUGAAUGACCUUAUCCAGCUGAAUAGUUCCGCUAAAUUAGAAGAUGGCUGGAAGCUAGAUAUUUAUAAAAAAAACUCAAAGUAUAGUGGGUAUGAUGCUUAUAAUAAUAGAAGAUUGAUAAUUCAUUGUCCGCUAGAUAUUCCUUAUGACGUUAGCGAUAUUCGAAUUAUUUUUGGAAUAAAUAAUAAUUGCAACCAUAAAGGUAAUAACGAAAAACUGAAGAAUAAUAGUAAUAGUAACGAUUUUGAAUCAUUCAAUUAUAAUAUAUCAAGUGAUAAAGAUAGUAUCUCAAAUGUUAUAACAAAUUCAGUUACCAAUCGAACUUCUUAUUCAAGGGUUUGGUUCAAUUUGUAUUGGGAAUCAUUAAAAUGUUUACAAGCAUUAAGUCAAACUAAUUUUCAAAUAGAACAGUUACUAUAUGAACAAUUUUUAGGACGUGAGUUUCAUAUGAAAAUCAAUUGGAAUGAAUUAGAUGGACCAAAAGGAACUAAUAAGAAAGGGAUUAAGUUAUUUGAUAUGGCAAUAAUUAAAUGGAAAAUAAAACAAUAA